UACACCGUUAUAGACCAUUUAGGGAAGUCCAUCAUUCCUCUUUUCUUUAUCAGCAAACUAUGGAUGUAACCAACCUGCUUCUGAUCUUCUGGUCUCUCCUCGGUAGAAUUCACAGUGAAGACACAUUCUGCACUAACCAGGUAGGAUUCAUCCUGGUAGAAGAAGGAGGUUCUGUCACCAUUCCGUGCAGCUUCAGUUACCCCAAGGAGGACUGGGACAAAUCAGAGAUCACAGUGCACUGGAGAAGUGGAGAAAACAGCCCAUGUGGGCGGAAUGAAUUCAUUUACAAUCACACAAAACCAAAACCAUGGACUCAUGAAAACUACACGGGGAGAAUCUCCAUGGUGGGAGACCCCAUCAGAAAUAAAACUGCUUCAAUCACAAUACAAAACUUGAAUAAAAAGGAUGGUAGAAUGUACUGCUGUAGAUUGCAAUAUAAAAAUCAUCAAAACAUAGACCAACAAUGGCAGAACCCUCCUGGGACCUUUCUGAGGUUUCCUGUUACAGAUAAGAUAUAUGUGGAUCAGUUGGAUGCUGUCCCCGCUUUAAAAGGAGAAACAGUCAUCAUUCCGUGUUAUAUUACUUACCCUACUGGAAGUACCUUUACUGUACAAAAAGUGACCUGGCGUAAGGGAGAUAGUGACCUGUGUCGAGAUUAUGGAGAGCUUCAUGUUUGGAACUUAGAAAAUAAAUCAGAGCGUAAAGAUCAAUUCUCGCUGGUGAAUUUUCCAGAUGAUAUCUCAUUAAGUAUAAUAAAUGUGAAAUCUUCAAACAAGAACUGGUACUGCUGUGAAGUGACUUCAGAAAGUCGAACAUAUAGUACUCAUCGUGCCACUGAGCUGGCCAUUAUAGAAUCAAAAUCAAAUACAGAGCUAACUGUUCAACAACCACGGGACUCUUCGGCCACACUACGAGGCUCAGUGACUAUUAACUGCUCAUAUAAUUACUCUGAAAAAAUAGACCCUCUAUGGAUUGGCAUCUACUGGAGAUCGGGCAGCCCUUCUGGAGAUUAUGUCUAUGAUCCCUCACAUAGGCUGAUCAGUCCUACUUACAAAGGAAGGACAAACCUGAGAGGGCAGGCGGAUCUUUACAUACAGAAUGUGCGAGAAAGAGACAAUAACACCUUUUAUUACUGCUUGGUGAUACUCCGGGUCUGUGUUGGAAAUAACAAAUAUGAAACAUUUACUGUUCAUGGAGCUGGAACCAGAUUAAUAGUCUCCGGUAUUAGCAUUGGUGUAAUUGUUGCCUUGGUCAUCGUUCUGCUCCUUGUGAUCAUACUAUGUGGGAUUCUGAUCUUCCUGUAUAAGAGAGGUAAAAUUUUUAAGAAAUCCAAAACUAUGGAUGAUGGUAAUCACCUUACCACACACCAUCCUGAGACCGAGGCGCAUUUCAACAAUGAAUCGGCUUAUGAGAACAAUUCACAUGCGGAAGCUGGAAAAGUGGUGAUAAAUGAUGCUGGAGGGGUUCUGUACGCCCAAUUAAAUAUGCCACCAAGUAACGAUGAAAAUUUAAAGAGAAAAACCCAAUGUGAGAAGGAACCCCAAGUCCUCUAUGCUGCUGUUAAAACACCUCAAUCAGACAAUACAUAUGCUACGGUUAAUGAAAUAUGAGAUUAUUAGUAGUAGUACUAGUAAUAGGAUAAUGUAUUUGAUGACAUUGCCAAAUAAAAAUAAAAUGUCCUGAGACAUGGUCAGGUUAUUUCUCUCCAGUUAGAGACACAUUUACAUGUUUUUAUUUUUAUUUUAUUCAACUAUUGGGAACGUCUUGAGAAUAUCUGUGAAAUGUCUUCAAAAACAUAAUUGUUAUCCACUUUAGUAGAUCUAGUUCUUCACUAACAGACCACUUAUUAGUGGGGAUUCUAUAGGGAGGUAUGAAUGUGUAUGCUAUUGUGACAGAACCAACUGCUUGUGAAAUACUUUUAUUGUUCCCUCAUUCGUCUGUUUCUUCGGCUAUUUUCCUGUCCGUUCAGCCGCCACGCUUGUUUCUUUUAUACCGAACAAUUCACCGAACGUCCGGCCACCCAGCAUGGAAGUGUGCUGCUGGUUAUCCUCUUGGCCUCAUUAGAACGUUGUGGUUAACCGCAGACACUUCCUAAUUGUCGAAUGCCGACUGGGUGGUCGUCGUUCGUAUGCCGACCACAAGGUGGCGGCCAUCUUGGACAUACGAAUGCUCAGCGGUGUUCGUCGACGAUUUCAUGGAACUAAAAACGGACACUAUUUCUCAUGAACACCGCUGAAGCCGCCG